AUGACAGAAGAAGACAAUCCCUUGGACCAGCCCAGCUCUAGGCCUUCAAUGAGUGACGGGUCUACGACUACAUCAGAGUCGAACCUGAGAGAUGGUGUCUAUGUAACGGUACUGAUCGGUUAUCAUGGACAAACAGACGAUGGGAGGCUGGGUAUAAAAUUCGGGAAACAAAAGCCAUGGAUCUCAUCAUUAGCCAAGUAUAUGCAACCAAGGGCAGAUCGUGACACGGCAAAGCCUAGGCCAGAGACACCGGUUCCAGAAGGAGACCAAUUUCCUCUACGUUUGAACAUCGUGAUUCAGGUUGUAGGGUCGCGCGGGGAUAUCCAGCCAUUUGUGGCGCUGGGUAAGGAGCUUCGAAAGCAUGGCCAUCGAGUUAGGCUAGCUACGCACUUGACAUUCCGUGACGAUAUCAAAAAAGAAGGACUGGAGUUCUUCAACGUUGGAGGAGACCCAGAGCAGUUGAUGGCCUUUAUGGUCCAGAAUCCGGGGUUGAUUCCGGGUAUGCGCACAAUCAGUAGUGGUGGGCUCCUAAAACGCCGGCGGGAUAUGAAGACCAUCUUCACAGGAUGCUGGCGGUCUUGUUUCGAACCUGGCGAUGGGACCGCCUUGAAUUCCAGCGCUCGGAACUCAAACACUGAUACAACAGAUCAGUCCGUGCAACCGUUUGUGGCCGAUGUGAUUAUCGCUAAUCCCCCGGUCUUUGUGCACUUGAGCUGUGCCGAAAGAAUGGGCGUUCCAUUGAAUAUUAUGUUUACGGAUGUAUCAGGAUUUAAUGGAAGUAGGAUGCCGUGGUCACCAACGCAAUAUUUCCCCCACCCACUAGCAAAUAUUCGUCCGCAUAGCACCAAACCAUCUGUGGCAAACCUCGCAUCAUAUGGUAUUGUGGAGGUGAUGAUGUGGGAAGGGUUGGGAGAUCUGAUCAAUCGCUUUCGCAGGAAGGAGCUAGGACUAGACCCAUUGGAUGCUAUACGAGCUCCCACCAUGAACCAUCGGUUGCAAAUCCCAUACGCAUAUCUCUGGUCGCCAUCCCUCCUGCCUAAGCCACAAGAUUGGCCGGAUAACAUUGAUGUUUGCGGUUUUCAAGUUUUGCCGGGCAAUUCUCACUACAAUCCUCCUGAAGAUCUUGUUGCCUUCCUCAAAGCGGGCGAUACCCCUAUCUAUGUUGGCUUUGGGUCGAUUGUGGUGGCGGACCCGGGAAAACUGACAAAGGUCAUACUCGACGCUGUUCGCCAGACUGGUCAAAGAGCACUCAUAUCUAAAGGAUGGAGCAAUCUUGGUUCCGAAGAGACUGAGUUACCUGACAAUGUGUUCUUUUUGGACAAGUGUCCUCAUGACUGGCUCUUCCAGCAUGUCUCAUGCGUUGUACAUCAUGGCGGUGCUGGAACCACAGCUGCAGGUUUACUCUUGGGAAGGCCUACCGUGAUUAUCCCCUUCUUUGGUGACCAGCCAUUCUGGGGCUCUAUUGUGGAAAAGGCCGGCGCAGGACCACCGCCAGUCCCAUACAGGCGACUGACUUCAGAAAGAUUAGCCGCAGCCAUCAUGAAGGCUCUUGAAUUGCCUGUGCGGAAAUCCGCCGAGGAAAUUGGACAGAAAAUGAGGCUUGAAAAUGGGACAGCAGAAGCUGUACGCAGCUUCCAUCGACAUUUAGACGUCGACGCAUUACGGUGCUCUAUCUGCCCCAAUAGGCCCGCUGUGUGGUGGCAUCGGCACUUGCAUAUCGGACUGAGUGCAUUUGCAUUCUCGAUUCUAAUGCAUAGGGGACAUAUUUCGCCAGGUGAUGUGAACUUAUACCGAGCCCGCGAAUAUGACACAACCCGCGAUCCAAAGGGGCCUAUUUCGGCAACUGCGGCGGUUCUUUACGGCAUAAUAACGGACUUCAUCAUUGGACUUGUGCGAGUCCCAGAGCAAAUCGUCGAUAUUCUACCCGUGGCCGAUUCCAAGGGUACAACCCGCGAUUACCGGAUAAGAGAAUGGGCAAUGGAGCACUUUGCGGAUUGUAUGUCAAAUCAGCAACCCAAAGAUGGCCGUCGACCUGUGGCUCAGUAUGAGGCUUCUCAUAACAAUGUAGAGGAUGGAAACGCGAAUGUCAAUAAUCCGUGCCAACCAAGUACGAAGAAUCAAAACGGUAAUGUUGGAGGAGAUGGUCACGGAGAUAUGCCCACUUCAGGCGCCGGCGAUACCGAUAAUGAAAUUAAUGCAGACCAAGAGAUCCAAAAGCCUCCAAAAGUGCACAGCCGGAAAAGGAGGAAGCUUGUAUAUACGCGCGACAAAACAGCCAGAUUAGCCAAGCACUCGCUAAACUUUGUACUGGUUAUACCAACGGAUGUGACUCUCAGCAUGGCCAAGGGAUUCCAUAACUUGCCCAAGUUGUACCAUGACACCACGGUCCAAAAAAUUCCGACUGUGAGAGGGAUUGGGAGCGGACUCGGUGCGGCUCAAAAGGAGCUUGUGCAGGGAUUUUAUCACGGUGUGACUGGACUCGUCACUCAGCCUGCUCAAGGUUUUCAGCAGUCAGGUGGCAAAGGGUUAGUCAAAGGAAUUGGAAAGGGCCUAGGUGGUGUCAUUUUCAAACCAGCUGCAGGUAUUUGGGGAUUAGCUGGGUUUCCCUUGGAUGGACUCCACAAAACUCUUCGCAAAUCACUUGCUAGAGACAAGUCCAAAGAAAUUGUACGAUCACGUAUCACGCAAGGCAUUCAGGAAAUGUGCGCUGCAUCACAUGGAGAGCAAGCAGAGGUGAUUCGUAGAUGGCGUGAACUGCGAGAGCGCUCUUGA